CUUGGCUACUCGGACCUUCCACUCUGGCAUGGACGACAGUCUCGGUUUCCUGCCCACGUUCGGUCCGUGUUUCGUGAAUCUGUACGGCAGCCCGAGAGAAUUCACCGCCUUCAACGACCCACACGAGGCGCUCAACCUCGGAAAAGGGGAGGGCGUGGCGUACCGAGGUCGAGUCUUAGUGGAGCUAACGACAAAACUGGCGGACAAACCGGAGCAGAAAACUGAAGACAUCUCGUCAGACGACCAGCUGGUGGUGGAGGUGAGAGGGAGGAAGGAGUUCAAAUGA